GCUUCCAUAGUUUACAACGAUUCUCUAGCGUGUCAUUCACAUAAUCAGAUGUGUGCCAAUUAUCAAUACAGUCUUGUGUCUUUUGAUAAUUGUGACUGCCCUGACAGUUGCAAUCAGACCAAAUACGUCCUCUCAGURCGAUAUGGUCAGUUGGCAAGUAGGAAUUUAGAAGGCGUUUCGAAAAUGUUCUUCUUCGACGAUUAUUCCGAGGAAAACUUUCUUGCCAUUCAAGUUUAUUACGAAAGCCAUCGUGGAGUUCUCUACAAACAAAACAGUAGUUUUGGAAUUACAGCCCUUUUUGGCGAGAUUGGUGGCAAUAUGGGGCUGCUUCUUGGCUGUAGUGUGUUGACGMUGGCCGAGUUUCUGUUUCUGAUUGUCUCACUGUUAAUGAAUUGUUUUCGUGGUCGAGCGCAAGUAGUUAACUUGACAAACCAGCCAAACAAUGCUUGGAAUUAAAAACACACUGUCAAAUGCCGUUUCGCCACAGCACUUUUUAGCGUAAUAUAUCAUUAUAAGGAUUUGAUAAUUUGGUUUUUGCUUCAAAAAAUUCACGAUUUUACUUAUAAUAUUGCUGUAAUGACAUAGUGAACUUUUAACUGAUAAAAUCGUCAAUUCUCAUAACUGAUCCGCGAUUAAUAAUCAGUCGUACAAGGUUGGGCUCCCUGUCCCUCUUGCCAGGAUUUGACUUGCGUUACGUCUAGCACUCAAGGAACAAAUUAAAUGUUGUGACUAAACUCUUAUAUUGUUAAAAGCAGAAACACAGUAAAGAGUCGACGCUCAA